UUAAAAUUAAUUAUUAAUCUGAAAUUCAGUUAGAAUCAGUUGACCUUUUUCAACAAAUACUGAACCAAAAAUAAUAAAACAGUCAGACUGCGCUCCUUUAUUAACAAACUAAUAGACAAACAAUCUGGUUGUAUACAGUUUUACAACUACAGCUGGAACUGUUUUAUUAUUACCAAAUGAUUUCAGUUAUUUUAUGUGUUAGCCAAAUAAUCAGUUUGUCUAUAAAAAGUCAAACAUUGCAACGAAAAUCUAUUUUUUUCACCAUGUCCCAGCAUGAUGUCAAUCAAAAUCCAUCCAUAAAUCCAAAGAGUGAAGUCACACACAUAGACUGUGUAAUAAUAUUUCUUAUCUUCUAUUUAAUCUUUAUUACACAGUCUAUGCUCACACAUGACAAACAAAAACAGACAAUGUGCACAUUUAAGAAGCCAGAGCCAACCCAUGUUUGAUAUGUUGGACUUUAAAAUAAUUUUAAUGUUUGAUUGUCUCAUUAGAGCACCUCUAUGCAAAUGUAUGUGAUUUCGCAUUGGAGGAAAUUUAAAAGGGCAUCUGACUGUAAAUAAAGUAAUAUUGGUAAUAAAAACACAGAAAGCGAAACGGUAACAACCAAAUUUUCUAAUUAGAGAAAUUACAGGGGGAAGGUUUAUUGUUAAUGUAAGAUAUGGAAAUCCUGACACUGAGAUAGUUUUCUUUAUUUAGGUUUAGAUUAAUGUAGAAAAGAAAAAUGCAUCAGUUAAAUAAAUCCAAUAUAAUAAAUAAUGAAACACUUAUCACAAUUUUAUGACAAUACCUCUAGUUUUUAUUUUCUUUCACUACUAUACAAGUAUUUUUGAACCAUAGUAUUUCUUCUUUUUUUGGCCUUUAUUAUAUGGGACAGUGGAGAGAGACAGCAAUCUUGGGUAGAAGAAUGGGAAGGACCUGCAGCAAAGGGUCACUAGCUGGGUUCGAACCCGUGACCGCUGCAUUGGAAACUAUAGCCCCUAUUUAUGUGUUGCCCCCUCAACCAGCUGAGCUAUUGUAGCACCCCACUGUAGUAUUUCUAAGGUCUUGACCAGCAAAAACGCUACAAUUUUCAUUACCAUUUGGUCUUAUGAUUAUUUUCUUACUUCUUCAAACUUCAAAUUUUUACCAACAGUCCAAAUCUCACAUACAAUUUGUGUUCCUGUCGCUACCUGUAGGGGGAAGUGUGUUUCUCAGAUCAACCUGUGGUGCAUAAUCUGCUGUAAUCUGUUAAUCUGUACUGUUCAGUCUCCGUCUCUGUGUCGCUCUCAGUCUAGUUGGACCUACAGGAUGAAGGCAGCAGCUCCGGGAGGAUUCCUGGUGCUGCCAUGGCCCGGUGGAGGUGGCGAGGGUGAUGGCGGUGGACCCGACCCCAGUGUAGGGGAGGAGGGCUGGGGGAGGCUGCUGCUGAGGAGUGGAGCUCUGCUGGGAGUCACUCUGAUCUGUAUGGCAGUGCUGAGGAAGUGGAUUGCAGGUGGAGUGUGUCGCUGUUCGGUUCGUCUGGAUGGGAAGACAGUUCUGAUCACUGGAGCGAACACCGGCAUCGGCAAAGAGACGAGCAGAGACAUGGCUGGAAGAGGGGCCCGGGUGGUGAUGGCGUGCAGGGACCUGACCCGGGCGGAGCAGGCGGCCGAGGAGGUUCGCCGGUCGACGGGGAACGGAAACGUGGUGAUCAGACACCUGGACCUGGCCUCCAUCUACUCUGUCAGACAGUUCGCCAAAGACUUCCUGGACAGUGAAGACAGACUGGACAUCCUCAUCAACAACGCAGGAGUGAUGAUGUGUCCAAAAUGGCUGACAGAAGACGGUUUCGAGACUCAGUUGGCUGUCAAUCACCUGGGUCACUUCUUGCUGACAAAUUUGCUGCUGCCGAAGCUGAAGAGUUCCGCCCCCAGCCGCGUGGUCAACGUGUCGUCCAUUGCCCACCGAGGAGGUCGCAUCAACUUUGAUGACUUGUUUUUCAGCCGGAGAACCUACAGUCCUCUGGAGAGCUACAGGCAGAGCAAACUGGCCAACGUGCUAUUCUCCAGAGAACUCGCCCGCAGACUCUCAGGUACAGGCGUGUCAUCGUUCUCCCUCCACCCCGGUGUGAUCAGGACCGAGCUGGGUCGCCACGUGGAGGGCUGGUUCCCCCUGCUGGGGGCGCUGCUGAGGCUGCCGUCGCUGCUGCUCAUGAAGACGCCGUGGCAGGGCUGUCAGACCACCGUGUUCUGCGCCGUGACGCCGGGUCUCGAGGAACGCUCUGGACGCUAUUUCAGUGACUGUGCAGAGAAGGAGACGGCACCGGAAGGACGAGACGAUGUGGCGGCAAAGAAGUUGUGGGAAGAGAGCGCACGACUGGUCGGAUUAAAGGACACGUGGUGAAAACAGGAAGUGACGGAGCUGCAGUGCCCCCAGCAGGACAGAAGAGAUGAAACACAACAUCUGCUAGCUCUGUUUAUCUGAAUGUCAAGCUUCAUGUGUGUUUGUCAAAUUCAUGUGUGUUCUUUAACUCAUACAGUCCACAUGUUCCACAUGUUCCAAGUGUUUGGACUCUUGAGAACGUGUCUGAACACUGUUCAAACAAGAGUAUGUUCCCCUAAUGUCCCCUGAGCUUGUCCUUCAUGGUCUCUUGAUGGUCUGUUUAAGUCCCCUUAAAUUAGUCUUUAUUUUUCCCUUGAUGUUCCCUUAAUAUUUGUGUAAAAUUCUUUUAGGGUUUCUUUUGAACUUAACCAUUUAUGUUCUCUUGUUGUUCUUUUUACGCCCCCCUGAUGUUUUAUGUUUCCUUUAUGUUCCCUUCAUGUUUCCACUAAGUUCUGCUAGUAUUCCUGUUUAAGUUUCCAUAUAUGUUCUUCUGCUGUUUCCUAAAUGUUUUAAUCAUGUUCAUUCAUAUCCGCUUCAUUUCUUUCAGUGUUCCUGUGUAACUUUUCUCCUGUGUUCCCUUAGUGUUUCUUUAUUGUUCUCUUGAAGUUCGGUCAUCUUUUAGUUAAAAUGACCUUGAUGUUAUCUUUAUGCUUCCUUCAUGUUCCCUUGUUGUUCUCUUUACGUUCUCUUAUUUUUUACUUUAAGUUCCCUUUUCAAAACAUUUCCUUGUUGUUCACUUUAUGUUUCCUAAAUGUUGCCUUCAAGUUUUUUCAGUGUUCCUGUUAAAGUUUCUGUUGAUGUUCCCUCAGUGUUUUCUUGUUUUCCCUUUAAGUUCCCUUAAUGUUCUCUUUAGCUUCCAAUGCCCUGGAUAUUUUAAUGGGUUCUCAUUGUGUUCCUUUUAUGUUUCCAUCUUUGUGUCCUUGUUCCUCUUCAAGUUCUUGUUGACUGUGUGUCAUUUUCCUUCACGUUUCUUCGACUCAGCUUGUUGAUGUUUGAGGAAAUUCUGCCUCCGGCUGUGAGAAUGUGAGAACACGAGGUUCUGUGUUUGCAAACUGUUCUCUCUUUUUUGUUUAAGGGCUGACAGACAGUUAGGUGAUUUUAUUCUCAGGGAACCUGAUCUGUGUGUUUAACCAGCGUGGAAUGUCUGAGUUUAGCUCAAAUCGAAUAAAUUGAUCCAAAGUC